GAACGUGAGCAGAUCAAUGUCGACGUCGUGGGUGGCCAGGUCGGCAGGUUCCCUGCUCGGAAGGCACUCGGUCAAGGUGAAGGGAGACAGCGUUCAGAAGGUGAACCAGGCGAUGGACGAGAUCGAGCGGAGAGAAAGGAUGCUGCGCGUCCCCGAGGUCAUGGAGCGACACCGGUACCACGAGAAGGGAUACAACAGGACAAGACGGCAGAAGUCGGGCAAGAUUUGGAGGAACGAGUUCAAAGCGGCGACCAAGCAAUUGAAGUGGAUGACCCUCCUCAAGGAAAAGGGCGUCCCCAUCCCGGGGCAGAAAGUAGGAAGGAGGUAGCUUAGGAUAGGUUAGAUCCGUUCUUCGAUUUAAGGUAGACCAAUCAGUCGCUUGCCUGGACGCGGGGGGGGCUCUCGAUGUUCUUUACGUUGGGGAUUGGCUAGAGGGAAAAUAUGGAUGGGUUAGUUUGAUUUUGCUGUUGAAAGAGGACGGGAGAAACAAGACACCAAGUUGCCUACCAACCGAUUGGUGUCUUUGUGGCCGGCACUGGUGACUGAGCGGUGUUGCUGCGGCAGACACCCCAAGCGCGAGCAGUUGCAAAGUUCUGAGCAACUUGCCCAAACGGUGGAUGGAGAACACCUCAUCUGGCAGACUGUG